AGGCGAGCAUGCUGACCAUUACACUACAGGUCGUCACACUACACAACACUACACUAAACUACUCAAGUAACUUUUUUUGUACUUUACUAUUUUCUCAAAUACUCUAAAAAUAUUUUACUCUUUAAUUUUAUUAAAGUAAAAUUAAGAAAAUAAAUUGUUUACAUCAUUAUGUUUCUUUCAUAAGACUAAAUGACGAAAAAAGCUUCCUGGUACCAUGGUGAUGGCCUUUGUUUAUAUCAUCUGAUCGAUCAGUGUGCAGCUACUUUUAAGCAGAGCAGGAACACAGCAGCCAUUUCCAAUCUAGUGUUGAUCCCCUGAUCUUCAUCCCGCUGUGGUUAACUCGUCCUGGAAAGAAUAUCCGUAGCCUCAUUUGGAAAAGUUGGAUGAAGGUAUAUUUUUAUUUCUCAAGAUCUGCACCAACCAUGAGACCAAAGAGUCAGGUGGGAUGUUUCAAAAUGUUUCUCAUCCAUCUUGAAGGCAUCAUGAAGGCAAACACCCCUUUGACCACUUUUGCAGCAUGCAAGCAGUUUAGUUCAGUAGGCUCUUGUUCACGCCAAGAAGAGCAAAGCUUUUUGACAACACCUUUGAAAAUCAGCUGCUGCUAACAAGUGGACUGGGAGAAGAACUGUACCAUUGGUGAUAUGUUUAAUAAAAAAGAAGAUUUCACUAUAAGUUUGUAUUAUCAAUACUUUACUCUUUACUUUUGUAACUCAAGUAUUCAUCAAUGAAGGGGUACUCUUACCUUUACUUGAAAAGCUAUUUAAAAUAUUAAAAGUACUUUUACUCAAGUAAAUAAAUAUCAGUAUUUUACCCGUUUCCGGCAUUAUGUAUAGUAAUGUAUAAUAAUUACUGUAGGUAUUAUUGUUCCUUGGGUGGUUCUGGGAGAAAAUUAGUUUCCCUUUACAGUAUAAAGGAAGUGUUUUUCCUCAUAAAUAUUGACAUCUCCUGAAACACUUUUCGUCAUAUGCGGAAUAAUUCUUCCGCGGCGAUUGAUGUUUACGAUAACCAGGCACUGAAUUCUGGUUGCGAGCGAAGGAAAUGAUCCUAUUAGAUAAUAUAUGAAGACCUCAGUCAACGUGCUUCAGUUUUAAUGCAUUGUAUGUACUGCAAAUUGCCAUUACUAGUAACCUGCGUUCUUCUGGAAUGUUAACAACUGCUUCAACCUGCUUUGGAAAUGUUCAACAUAUGAUUGUCUUCUUUCUUUUUAUAUAAGACCUCGGCAAUAAUGUAACUAUUGUUUUCCUAAUUUUGAAUGCACAGACUUUAAAGUUAUGUUGAUUUUCUGAUGCUGAAAAUUACGUAAAAGAAGUUGAUACUGUUUUAGUUACAUUUGUUCUUUCUUAAAAUACCUUAUGCACUUACUUUACAAACUUCGCUCAUGUAAUCCCCUUCUUUAUUAGUACUUGCAGGAGGUAUCAGAUCAUAAAUCAGUGUCUGACCCUGUACUAAAGUUAUCCUGGGGAUUGAGGAAGACGUCUCCAACAUCUCCUAUGAUCAAGGUCUCUUAUUAUCAUUACUAUUAUUAUUACUAUAUAAAUUAAUGAUGGGAAAUUAAAAAUCAACUCUACGUUUUCUCCUUCCUCUCCUCGAAGUCUUGGCUCCAUUUAUGAAUGUAUUAGGACCUUUAUUAUGGAGUAUACUGAGAAAAUUAAUUCAAUGAAGUUUGAGCAAUCAUCAAAGGUUGGCCGUCAGGCCUGUGAGAGUCUACAGCUGACACUGUACAAGAACGGCGUCGUAGUGGACGACGGCGGCUUCCGCAGCUUUGAGUCGGUCAAGACAAGACAGUUCCUGCAGGAUAUCCUUGACGGCUUCUUCCCAAGCGAACUGCAGGACAUAUACCCUCAGGGGGUUCCUAUUAAGGUUCGUGAUAAACGACAAGUAAUAUUUCUACCUAACUCCUCUAAACGUAAGGGGGCGGCCCGGCCUCCUGUACCACCAAAACCUAGAAUUCCCAUCAUUGAUUCGAUACCUACCGCCUCCUCCCUCACCUCGGUUACUUCCAUGUUAUUUAGCAGCGUAUCAGAGACUGAACCAAAGCCUAUGGAGCCUCCAGUCUCGGGUGAAACUAGCGACAGCGCGCCACCCACCGCUCCUAUACCUGAAACAACGGGAGAUACUACACGACUAUGUCCAGAGGUGGACUACCGUAGCGAGUCAAGUGAUGUCAGCAGCCGUCGGAACUCUCUACAAAGAGGCAGUGACAAAUCCGAGGGUGAGGGAAUUGGGAGAGGAGAGAGUGGGCGCCGAGGGAGUGAAUUAUGGCGGCUAUCAGAGGUUCCUAGCGUAUCUGCCGUGACCUCUGCUCGUCGUGACAGUCGCAGAGAGAGCGAGUCACGUCGUGGCUCCGAUCACCGCACGCACCAGUGCCGCCGUGGCUCAGAGUGCCGCCGCAGCAGUGAAUUAGCCAGAACUACACUUGACCUUGAUCUGGGCCGUCGUGCUACCUCCAAACAUCCCCUUGAAUGGAACCGUAUCAACCGUACUGCCUUUCUCCUUAGUGACGACACUUUCGACUCUAACGGCAAUCAUAUGCGGCGUGGCAGCCUGGGUGUCAUGAGCGCUGACCCAUAUGACAUGGAGAGUCUGAGGAAGAGACGCACGUCAGUAGAAGAUUUCCUUGCUAAAGUUCCCACCUGUGUUGUCAAGAAUGGCAAGAUCGUUAACCUACGGGAAGAGGUGGCUGACAUGCUCAUGGUAAGUUCUUCAAAAUAUUCCUGA